AUGACUUCCAGACUUGACCGGCUUGUCACGCUUCUGGAGACUGGCAGCACUCAGUUGAUUCGAAACACUGCAGCCCAGCAACUGGCUGAUGUGCAAAAGCAACAUCCAGAUGAGCUAUUCAAUUUAUUAGGCCGCAUUGUCCCGUAUCUUAGGUCUAAGUCAUGGGACACGCGCACAGCUGCUGCCAAAGCCAUCGGCCUUGUGGCAGCCAAUGCUGAACUUUACGACCCAAAUGAAGAUGACGGCUUGACAAUCAAAAAGCCAGAAGAGGAUGAUGGUGAUGAGGUGGAAAUCAAGACAGAAGUCAAAACCGAGGACUCAAUACCUCCGUCGGAAGACUUGCUGCGUUUGGAAACACUCGACGUCGGAUCUAUCUUGAAAUUUGGUAGGAAACUACUCGGCAGCGCAGGUAGAGAAUAUGAGUAUACUAUCGGUGGCAUGGAUCCAGCCGCAAGGCUACAACAUCAGAAGAAAACCCUCACAGCGCGUCUCGGCCUGGCUGGAGAGUAUCUUGAAGAUGACUUGGUCGACGAGGCUGAUUUCACAUCGACUGCCAAGAUUGAAAAGACUGUCCCAAUAUUAUCACGACAGAACAAUAUAACCAACGGAUCGUCCAACGAGCCCCCGAAUGGAGAGGAGUCAGGUCUUAGUAAACGUCAAUUGAACCAGCUGAAGCGCAAGAACAAACAAAACGCAAAGCUUGGAGCCAACAAAGUCAGAGUCGUCGACCUUUCUUCUCGAAAGCCAUCAGACAGUAUGCCGACGCCGUCUAUUGCAACUCCAUACCCUAUAAAGUCAGAAAUCAUCGGAGAAGAAGAAAACGAGAAGAAACCUGAUUAUUUUUCUCUCGACCGAUCUAGUGCCGACGACGAUAGCAAAAUUGUUUCUGAGUUCAAAGGACCCAUUGUUCCAGAGAAACCGAUCAUUCAGACUGAAGCCGAGGAGCAAGGCAAGGAGUGGCCUUAUGAACGCAUGUGUGAAUUUCUCGAAGUAGAUCUUUUCGACCCAAAUUGGGAGAUCCGACAUGGAGCUGCGAUGGGACUACGAGAGGUGAUUCGAGUUCAAGGCUCCGGUGCUGGCCGUCUUUUGGGGAAAUCCAGAGACGAGAACGACCUGUUGAACCGGCAGUGGCUUGAUGAUUUGGCAUGCCGUUUACUCUGCGUGUUCAUGCUCGACCGCUUCGGUGAUUACAUCUCUGAUAACGUUGUUGCUCCCAUUCGAGAAACGGUUGGCCAGACUUUAGGUGCCGUUCUUUCACAUUUACCAUCAAAAUCUGUCAUCCAAGUAUACCGGACCCUACACCGUAUUAUCAUGUUGAGGGAACUUGGACUGGAAAGACCUAUUUGGGAGGUCUGCCAUGGCGGUAUGAUUGGCUUGAGGUACUUGGUAGCUGUCCGCAAAGAGCUAUUGAUCAAAGACGCCAAAAUAAUGGAUGGUGUUUUAGAGGCAGUAAUGAAGGGGUUGGCGGAUUUCGAUGACGAUGUACGAGCUGUUAGUGCCGCCACCCUUAUACCCAUCGCCGAAGAGCUCGUCACUUCACGACAAGCUUCCUUGAGUGCUCUCAUCAAUAUUGUAUGGGACUGUCUAUCGAACCUACAAGACGAUCUUAGUGCUAGUACUGGAUCCGUUAUGGACUUGCUAGCCAAACUGUGCACGUUCCCAGAGGUCCUAGAGGCAAUGAAAGCCAAUGCUGCUGACGAUCCUGAAGCGUCUUUCGCGAAUCUGGUGCCACGCCUAUAUCCCUUCUUGCGUCAUACGAUUACUAGUGUUAGACUAGCAGCUCUCCGAGCACUCACUACAUUCCUACGCCUCGAGGAUCAGGAUUCAAACGCUUGGGUGGACGGUAAAGCCAUGCGCUUGAUCUUCCAGAACUUGCUGGUGGAGCGAAACGAGGGUGUACUAAAGCUCUCACUCGAAGUUUGGUACGAUUUGAUCAAGGCCCUUGAUUCUCGAAAUAUCUUUACAGCCGAGACGUUAGGCUCAUCCGUUCAGCCUUUGAUCACAUUGGCAAUAAGCCCAUUCGGUGUCCCUCGUUAUCCUAUCCCGAUGGACGCCUCCUUGUUCAUUAAACCAUCUGGUGUUGCAUAUGCAUUUUCUCAUCCUCAAACGCCAGCAAGAAAGUCUAGCCCUCUACAUUCGUCGGAGUCAGGUAAAGUUCGGCGCAGAAAGUCAGAGAAGAAAGAAGUCCCGGCUCCUUCUGCGCAUAAUGUCGAUGGUCACAUGCUAUCGGGCGACAUUGAUUUGGUCGGGUUGGACACUAUGAUACGAUCCAAGAUAUAUGCCGCCCGAGCUCUAGGCCAAUUUUUGUUUAUGUGGGACUCGAAAGAUUUGCCCUCACUCUGGGAGUCUAUUGUUGGUGGACUUACCAUGCCUGGAUCCUCAUCUCAACUAGCAGCUGCAAUGAUCGUCGAAGAAUAUGCUAAGCGAUCAGGUGCUGGUGGGAAGUAUACUUCCUUGCUGUGCGAAAACCUGCGUCCGAUUAUCGAAACUGAUCGGCCUGGCUGGUAUAGCGAUAUAGCUUGCUACCUCCAAAUCACCCGAGCACAAUGCCAUUCUCUACUCAACGCUUUCAGAGACCACGCACAUGUACCUUCUGGAAGGCUACCAACAUUGGCUGUUGUCGUUCAAGGUGAUCCUGAAGCCGGACCAAACGCAUUUUCCUUGAGUGAUGCCGAAAAAGUCGUCGGUCCAGACUUUGAACGUUUGAAAAAGAGUUUAACUCCAGCUCAGCGUGUCACUGCUCUUCAGGUCUUGAACGAUACAAGAUCCAGUGCCGAGUCUUCCAUUGAGGAGGCGAGGGAUAUCAAGGAUCAGAGAGAUAUGCGUAUCCGUGCUGCGGCAGCUGGCGCCUUGGUUGCUCUACAAGACAUACCCAAGAAACCGAGCCAUAUUAUCAAAGGAAUGAUGGAUAGUAUCAAGAAAGAGGAUAACGCCGAACUACAGCAGCGUUCCGCUUCGGCAAUUGUUAGCCUUAUCGAAUACUACACGACGGCUACUAAGCGAGGUCCAGUUGACAAGGUCAUCGGCAACCUAGUCAAAUAUUGUUGCGUUGAUACCUCGGAAACGCCAGAAUUCCACCCUAACGUCCAUCUCGAGAAGUCUAUUCUAUCGCUAAGAAAGGAGGAAGAUCGCAGGGAUCACGUCGAUGCCGCCAAGUUUGAGCGCGAAGCUCGGGAGGCUAGGAUUAUGCGACGAGGUGCCAAGGAGGCACUUGAGCAGUUGGCCACAAAGUUCGGCAGUGAAUUGUUAGAAAAGAUACCCAACCUCGCUGCUCUUAUUGAACGGCCGCUCCGGGAAGCACUCGAAGGCGAUCUACCUGCCAACAUUCGGGAACCCGAUAAUGAACUUGGCCAGGAAGCUGUCGAUGGACUAUCAACACUCAGAGCCCUUCUGCCGAAAUUCCACCCUGGCCUGUAUCCAUGGGUCAUCAAACUCAUGCCAGUCAUAGCAAAGUCACUGCAAUGCGAGCUCUCUGUCAUCCGAUAUGCAGCUGCCAAGUGUUUCGCUACAAUUUGUAGCGUCGUCACCGUAGAAGGUAUGACUAUGUUGGUCGAAAAAGUGCUACCUACUGUCAACAACGCACUGGAUGUUCAUCAUCGUCAAGGUGCUGUCGAAUGUGUUUACCACCUCAUUCAUGUAAUGGAAGAAGGAAUUUUACCCUAUGUCAUCUUCCUCAUCGUGCCAGUUCUUGGGCGUAUGAGUGACUCCGAUAACGAUGUUCGACUUCUAUCCACAACUUCUUUCGCAACUUUGGUCAAGCUUGUUCCUCUCGAAGCAGGAAUUCCCGAUCCCCCGGGUUUGUCAGAAGAGCUUUUGAAAGGCCGUGAUCGUGAAAGAAAGUUCAUGUCACAGAUGUUGGAUCCCCGGAAGAUCGAGGCUUUCGAAAUUCCUGUUGCGAUCAAAGCAGAGUUGCGUUCAUACCAACAAGAUGGUGUCAACUGGUUAGCCUUCCUCAACCGUUACCACUUGCACGGCAUUUUGUGUGAUGACAUGGGUCUUGGAAAAACGUUGCAAACUCUAUGUAUUGUCGCGAGUGAUCACCACAUGAGGGCAGAAGAAUACGCUCGUACGCAAAAGCCUGAAGUCCGCAAGCUCCCUUCGUUGAUCGUUUGUCCACCUACUUUGUCGGGCCAUUGGCAACAAGAAAUUAAGCAAUAUGCUCCUUUCCUCAAUUGUGUGGCCUACGUCGGCCCACCAUCGCAACGUUCACAGCUUCGUGGCGAAUUGGAAAAGGCUGAUAUUGUCAUUACAUCGUAUGAUAUCUGCAGAAAUGACACUCAAAUCUUCACACCCAUUAGCUGGAACUACUGUGUCUUGGACGAGGGCCAUCUCAUCAAGAACCCUAAAGCUAAAAUUACCCUAGCUGUGAAGCAACUUGUCAGCAACCAUCGUCUCAUUCUAUCCGGUACGCCUAUCCAGAACAACGUCUUGGAACUCUGGUCGUUGUUCGACUUCUUGAUGCCAGGGUUCCUGGGUACAGAAAAGGUCUUCUUGGAUCGUUUCGCCAAGCCUAUUGCCGCGAGUCGUUUCAGCAAGUCGUCAUCAAAAGAACAAGAGGCUGGUGCUUUAGCAAUUGAAGCACUUCACAAGCAGGUUCUUCCAUUCUUGUUACGUCGUCUGAAGGAGGAGGUACUGAAUGAUCUGCCGCCUAAGAUUAUUCAGAACUAUUAUUGCGACCCAAGCGACCUUCAACGAAAGUUGUUUGAGGACUUUUCCAAGAAAGAGCAGAAAGAUCUACAAUCCAAGAUGGGAAGCACUGAAAAGUCUGCCAAAGAGCAUAUCUUCCAAGCUCUGCAGUACAUGCGUCGUCUCUGCAACUCUCCAGCCUUGGUUAUCAAAGAGGGCCACAAACAAUACGACGACGUGCAGAAAUACUUGAGCGCAAAAAAUUCGCAUAUCCGAGAUAUCUCCCAUGCACCCAAACUUACAGCUCUUCGCGAUUUGUUGAUUGACUGUGGUAUAGGCGUUGAUCCUAACACGGAAGGCGAAUUAGAUACAGGAGCAAGCUACGUCAGUCCUCACCGUGCACUUGUCUUUUGCCAAAUGAAAGAAAUGCUUGAUAUCGUCCAAGAAGAUGUGUUGAAGAAGAUGCUUCCUUCCGUUCAGUAUCUACGAUUGGAUGGAAGUGUUGAAGCAACGAAACGUCAGAAUAUCGUCAAUCAAUUCAAUACCGACCCUAGUUACGAUGUGUUGCUACUCACCACGAGUGUUGGUGGGUUGGGUCUAAACCUUACUGGUGCCGACACUGUCAUUUUUGUCGAGCAUGAUUGGAACCCUCAAAAGGAUAUUCAAGCCAUGGAUCGCGCACAUCGUAUCGGCCAAAAGAAGGUUGUCAAUGUCUACCGUUUGAUCACACGAGGUACUUUGGAAGAGAAAAUUUUGAGUUUGCAACGAUUCAAAAUCGACGUAGCGUCAACGGUAGUCAACCAACAAAACGCCGGCCUCAACACAAUGGACACAGACCAACUCCUUGACCUCUUCAAUCUCGGCGAAACAGCAGAAGGCGCCGAAAAACCAGUGCCCGAAGGCGCCGCUGGUAACGAGGUAGACAUGGUCGAUAUUGAUGGUGAAGUCAAAGAGAAGGGCAAGAAGGGAUGGCUAGAUGAUUUGGGCGAAUUAUGGGAUGAUCGUCAGUAUCAGGAGGAGUACAAUCUGGAUUCUUUCCUAGCGAGUAUGAAAGGAUGA